CAUACCUUGGCAGUACGGUAGUGUAAAGCGCUCCAGGUAGGUCCUAAAGCGAGGAAGAACGGAGCAUUCAGGGAUCUGGUGCCCAUAGCUGGGCCUUUUGCGUAUUGAGGGAGGAAGCGCAAUUGGCGGUCUUGUGCAGUUGUGCACUAAUCAAUUGCUCUGCAGCGGCGGGUGGGCGAUGAUGUGAAGAAGACACGGGAGUUGGCAAGGAGAUAAACAUGGGGGACGUUCUUAACUACUUGAAGAAGCUUGAUGCUUAUCCGAAGAUCAACGAGGAUUUCUACAGCCGGACCCUCUCUGGAGGGCUUAUCACGCUUGUGUCAUCCAUCUUCAUAGUCCUGUUGUUCUUCACAGAGCUUGGCUUGUUCUUGACAACCAAGACCGUCAAUGAGCUCUCAGUGGACACAUCGAGGGGCGAGCAACUUCAGAUCAAUUUUGACGUCACGUACCCGCACCUUGCGUGCUCAAUCUUGAGUCUAGAUGCCAUGGAUGUGAGUGGGGAGCAGCACCUGGAUGUGGUGCAUAACAUCUUCAAGAGGAGGCUGAGCCCAGAAGGGAAGCCCAUUGAUGUGGGCACCAAGGAUGAAAUUGGUGGGCCUAAGGUCCAGACUGGGGAGGUAAAAGUGAAGGAGAGCGAGGGGGGCCCUGCAUACUGUGGCAGCUGUUGGGGUGCCGAAGAGAACGCCGAAGACUGCUGCAACACCUGUGAGGAGGUCAGGGAGGCCUACCGACGGAAGGGCUGGGCGUUCUCGAAUGCAGAGCUCAUUGAGCAGUGCUCUAGGGAGGGCUUCGUCGAGAAGCUGAAGGAGCAGGAAGGGGAAGGCUGCAAUGUGUACGGCUAUCUCGAGGUGAACAAGGUGGCUGGCAACUUCCAUUUUGCGCCCGGCAAGAGCUUCCAGCAGGCGCACAUGCACGUCCACGACCUCAUGCCGUUUGCCUCGCAGAAGUUCAACGUCAGUCACAUCAUCAACAAGCUCAGUUUCGGAGCCGAUUACCCAGGCGUUGUACAUCCCCUGGAUAAUGUCCGUCGCAUCCAGGAGGCUGACGGCGGGAUGUACCAGUACUUCAUCAAGGUCGUCCCGACCAUCUACACUGACCUCAGCGGCCACGUCAUCUCGACCAACCAGUUUUCGGUCACGGAGCACUUCAGAGAACAGGAGGUGGCUUCCGGCAGGAGCCUGCCGGGGGUCUUCUUCUUCUACGACCUGUCACCCAUCAAGGUGAAGUUCACGGAGCAGAGGCAGUCUUUCCUGCACUUUGUGACCAACGUGUGUGCAAUCGUCGGAGGUGUCUUCACGGUAUCGGGUAUAAUUGAUGCCUUCGUCUAUCAUGGCCAUAAAGUCAUAAAAAAGAAGAUGGAACUCGGAAAGCUCAACUAGGUCGAAAGUCACCAGUCUUUGACAUCAUAGAGAGAGCUUGUAGCACAGCGAGGCAGCUACAUCUGAUUAGAACACAGGUCAGGUUCGAGAACUUGAACUGAUGGGGUUAGAAACUCAAAGACAAUUUGCGCCCUCUUUUCUCGACGAAGGUGAUGCAUCUCAAACAAUGUCGACGUCUUGAUUUCUGGUUGAAUUGCAUCUUCUAGAUCGAAAAAACUUUCACCUUAAGGUUAUAACGAUGGUCUUCAAGGGCGUUUUCCUGAAGCCCCUUUUACAAGCACAUGGCGUCGAGCAUUACUGAGAUGAGCUGAGCCGCGUUUGGGAAUUAGUGUAGUAGUUUCCGUCCAUCAUGGUGGGCAGCAAACAUUGAACCGGAUUGGACACGUGUCCACAGACGAGAAUAGGAUCCAAAGGUGUAUUCCUCGUUAACUACGAGUCCACAGUCACAGGUUGGCUUGACUGGGGCACUGCCGUUUAUAUCGUCAUAAUGACUGACAUUCGAUCAGACUGGUUCACUGUACCCGGCUAUAAGUCAAACUAGACUGAGUACGGCU